CAUGGCGCCGGCGGGCCCGCGGCUGGUGCUGUGUGAGGAGAAGAUCCGGGAGAAGAGCGGCCUGGCGCCUCACCGCGAUCUGGCUGAACUUCGAUCAUUAUCUAUUCCUGGGACUUACCAAGAAAAGAUUACUCACCUAGGAAAUUCUUUGAUGAGUUUAACAGGUCUAAAAUCUUUAGAUCUGUCACGCAACUCGCUGGUUAGUCUAGAGGGCAUUGAGUACCUCACUGCGCUGGAGAGCCUCAGUCUCUACUACAACUGCGUCUCCUCGCUAGCUGAAGUGUUCCGGCUUCACUGCUUGCCUGAACUCUUGGAUGUGGACUUCCGGCUGAACCCUGUGGUGAAGAAUGAGUCUGAUUACCGCCUCUUUGUUGUGCACAUGCUCCCGAAGCUCAGGCAACUGGACGAUCGCCCUGUGCGAGAGAGCGAGCGGAAAGCAUCCUGGCUGCAUUUUGCUUCGGAGGAGUCACUCAGCUCAAAGCAGAGCUUCCUAGAUGUUUCCAGCAUCGGAAGACCGUGCUACUCCAGAGCCAGAUGUACCGACUCCUCGGCCAAGAAGUGCUUGGUUAUGGACGCAGAUGACGAGGCGGUCUUGAACCUCAUUGCCGAGUGUGAGUGGGGCUUGAGCAACCCUCCUGGGAGCAAAAGUUCCAGCCAGAAGGAGCGAGAGACUGACUUGCCUAGUUCCCAAGAAUCCAGACAUCUGUUGAGUCCUCAGUCAGUCCAGCUCCAGUGUGGGGACUCCGUACAGAAGGGCCAUGAGAAGAGGAAAAGCAGCCCCAGAGGGUGUUGUCCAGAGAAGAGGCUUCAGAGCGAGUGCUGUGGAGAGCUCCUGCUGCAGCGCGGGGACGAGUCUGAGGCCCACCGCCCCUCUGGGCAACGCCCACACUUGGCCCCACACCCAGACUCCACAGACAUUGAGGACUCAGCCUCCUCAUCUCAGAAGUCAAGCUUGUCAACACAAAAAGUGUUUAAUCCUUUGCCUGCUCCUGAAAAGUACAGGAAGCGAAGAAUGCCUGGCGGGAAAUUCCAGGCACUUGCAGACCAGGCGUGUCUGAGCCGCCUGGAGAGGGCCAGUGGGCCCUCGAGCCCCCAGGAGAGUCUGGGCAGGCCGAACAUCUCAGAGGGCGGGAGCGAGAGGGCCUUUUCUCAUGUGGAGGCAUCAGAGCCCGAAGAGCAGAGGCCCCGCGGCAUGAGCAGCAACAGAGAGCUAUCUCCUGAAUCACGCUCUGCCGUGCCACCUGGGAAGAAGACUGCCCUGGAGGCGGCGCUCCUGGAGGCGCUCCUCGACCUGGUGGACAGGUACUGGAGUGGCUGCAAGUCCCUGCGUGGCAACGAGGCGUUCCUGGCUCAGGCAAGACAUAUUUUGUCAUCUGCUCAAGAAUUUACAGCAACUCAGGACAACUCAACAAUUGUGAAUGAAGAGAUUAGCUACCUGACUCUUGAAAAUAAAUCUCUGCAAAAGCACCUUGCUGAACAACAGCAGCGGCAUAGUGUGAAGAUGAGUGAGGUAGAGUCGGAACUCAGCAGCACGCGGAAGGAGAUGGAUGACUUGCGGCAACAUUUAGACAAAUCUUUGGAGGAGAACAGCAGCUUAAAGUCUCUCUUGUUCAGCAUGAAAAAAGAAGUAAAAAAUGCAGAUGCUUCAGCUACGUUAAAUUUGCAGAUCAGUGGACUUCAGACAAGUGUGAAGAGGCUCUCUGGUGAGAUUGUGGAGCUAAAGCAGCAUCUGGAGCACUAUGACAAGAUCCAGGAGCUCACCCAGAUGCUGCAGGAGAGCCACAGGACUUCUGUGAGCUUCCACAUCUUAAUGAAAAGCGAGUCCUUUCCUGCUGGCGCUUUCUGUGAGGUGUGAGCUGAGAGGUGUGGCCUCGAGGUGUGACCUGGGAGCCAAGGGGUGAGGGGCAUGUGAGGGAUGGUGAGAGGCAAUGUGGCUUGCUGGUUCCCAGGGCCGUGGCCUGUGGCCUGUUCCUUCCUCCUCAGCCUGGUUCAUGUCUGUUCAAUUAGACAUGUGGAGCUUCUGCCCUCACUCCCGGCUGUGUAGUGGGUGUGAGAUGGGAACUAGGAGUGUGGAAAAUGUCCAGGCAGAACCUCCCUUUUUAUUCCAAGAACUGUGUGCUGGAAGGCAGGUGGCAGCUGGCACAGAGAGGCAGUCAGCCGUGGGGAGGAGGUGGGUUGUGGGGUGAGGUGGGGACAGCUUUGUUGGGACUUGGUGCAGUUGUGUGAGCCCUGGCUCCUGUGGCCUUGGCGAAGAGGCAGGCCUGUGGCCAAUGCUCUUGCCCCUUCUUGUCCCCAUCCCUCACCUCUCCCUUUUCCUCUUUCCCCCGUUUCUCUCUCCUGGGGCUGAGGCCACCACACAUCCCCCUGGGUUUGGGUACAGUCUAGGUCAUAGAUGGAGGCAGGGUGUGACCUUUCAGGGAUUACAGGCCACAGACCCCAUCGGCCAUCACAGGCACAAGUUACAGAGGGGAGGGGCCUCCUGAGAGAUGAGACUGAGCUAAGGAUGCAUGGCGGAGAGCAGCAGGAAGGGAGCCGUGCCAGUCAUGGUGCAGAGUGUGGCAGGCGAGGCAGGGCCAUGCCCAGCUCCUGAUGGGGCCCCCUCUGGCAGGUCAUAGCGUGUGUUGGCACCCUGGCUCUGUGCACGAGGCAGGGGCUGCAGAGCCUCCAGAGGCAGUGGGAGGUUCACAGGACUUUUUCCACUCUGAGCCUCUGCCUGGCCAGUGGCUCUUUCAGCGGUCCGAGCAAACAGGGCUGGCACCCGCACAGGACAUUUGUCACUGAGGUGACCAUCUUUGUAGAGAAAACAGCCCUGCUUUCGUCUAUUUCUUGUGAUGCCACAAGUGUCCAUGAGUCAUUGCUGACUGGGUGAGUAGGGCAAUUUGGAGAUGACAAAGUUGGCGAAAUACAAUACCACUUUCUUUCUAAAAUUACAAAUGGUUAACAAUAUUAAAAAGUCAGGACUUCCAAUUACAGUAUACUGUACUAUAUGGGAAUUAUUAAGAGGGUCCUUAUUUUUGACUGGGAAUUAGAAAUAUUUCAGUCUUUGGAUCUUUUCUAGAAUUAGAACAUUGUUUUGCUAGCCAUAAAGAUUAUGAUGGUGUUCUCAAAAAAGCCUUGCAUGGCGGGAGUGUGGAGGGAACCGUUCAUUCACUUGUCCAGUUCAUCCAUCCAGUUCUGGGUGCUGAGCAGGGCCUGCAGGGCGGCAUGACAGGCCAAGGGGUUGAGUCAGACCCAGCCCACCCGGUCUGGAGGUGAGGGCCAGAUGAGCAGUAGCCAGCGGAGGCAGGAGGGGACCCACUGCAGGGACAGGUGUGCAGGCCUGGGCGUGGCUGGG